AUGUUUUCUCAAUGGUUAGGCGAGCAGGAUGAACUUUUCAAGUUUAUUUCAUCUCCUCCUGCAAUUUGCGAACCACAACCAACUAUAUUUAUGCAACAAAACGAACAACUCUUAUUAGGAGAGGAUGUUGUCAAUAAUAAUCCUAGUCUCCUAAUCAGUAAUAAUGUGGAUCAUAGUACUCUAACCAAUGGUAAUAUUUCCAAGCCAAAAAACACCCGCAAGAGGAAAUCAGCAACCACAUUUGAUAAUCUUGAGGAAAGCCCUAAAGACUACAUCAAGAAGAUCAUACACAGAGAUGUCGAGAGGCAAAGAAGACAAGAAAUGGCUGGUCUUUACCGUAACCUUCGUUCUCUUAUCCCUUCUGCACAUCUUGAGGGAAAGCGGUCAAUAUCCGAUCAUAUCAACGGGACUGUAAAAUACAUAAUGCAUAUGAAGAACAAGAUAGAAGAGCUGAAGAACAAAAGAGAGAAACUCAAGAGAUCCAUGCACAAGAUUCCAAGCUCAUCGUCCGAAGGAAUCAUCCCGGAGAAAUCAUGUCCAGAUCAUCAGGUUGUUUCCGAUCAAAAACCGGUGAUAACCGUCAAGAACUGCAGGGCUGCUGGGAUGGAAAUCACGGUGAACACCGGAACCAAAGGUGGAGAUCUAUCUCUUUCACAAGUGCUCAAAAUCCUGAUUUCGGAAGGGAUGUCAAUCAAAAGCUGCAUUUCAACUAGGGUUCAUGAAAGACAGCUUCACGUUAUUCAAUCAGAGGUGAUGAAUGGAGAGAAAAUCAUAGAUCCAGAUGAGCUGUACAAGAAACUGAUGGGGACAUCAGCAAUAAAUAUUAUUUGUUAAUAAAUUAUGAGUGUGUUUUUAUAAACUUGUUCAAAACUUCAAACUUGAUGUGGUCUUGCUUUUAGGUUAUGUUUUGUCUCUUGUUUGAUUUAGUAAGAGGGGA